UGUCAAACACGACACACAGACAGCGUCUUCUCAGUAGAUUGGUCCCGCUCAUCAUCAGACAUGGAAGCGCCGUCCUCCUCCUCCUCCAGUCAGUGCAGUUAUGAAGAUUAUAAGGAGACAGCAGACUGGCUGAAGGCCCACACAGAGCAGCGUCCUAAAGUCGCCAUCAUCUGUGGUUCAGGCCUGGGCGGUCUGGCUGACCUGCUGAGUGACAAGACUGUGGUCCCGUACAAGGAUAUUCCACGUUUUCCCAUUAGCACUGUGCCAGGCCAUGCCGGUCAGCUGGUGUUCGGGAAGCUGCAGGGCCGUGAGUGUGUCUGCAUGCAGGGGAGAUUCCACUUCUACGAGGGCUACAACAUACACACGGUGACGUACCCGGUGCGAGUCUUCUUCCUGCUGGGCGUGAAAACUCUGAUUGUGACUAACGCAGCGGGAGGACUCAAUGGCAGUUACGAUGUGGGAGACAUCAUGCUCAUUAAGGAUCACAUCAACAUGCCGGGUUUUGCAGGGCAGAACCCACUGUGUGGUCACAAUGAUGAAAGGUUUGGAGUGCGUUUCCCUUGCAUGUCGGAUGCGUAUGACCUUGAGUUGAGGGCUCUGGCCAAGCAAACAGCAAAGGAGCAGGGCUGCAACAGUUUCCUGCAGGAAGGGGUUUACUGCAUGCUGGCUGGACCAACAUACGAGACCAUUGCAGAGUGCAGACUCCUGCAGACGCUGGGGGCUGACGCUGUGGGUAUGAGCACAGUGCCAGAGGUGGUGGCGGCUCGUCACUGUGGCUUGCGUGUCUUGGGUCUGUCCCUCAUCACCAACAAGGUCGUGGCAGAUUAUGACAGCAAUGAGAAGGCAAACCAUGAGGAGGUCCUGAGGACCACCCAGCGCCGGACCCAGGACAUCCAGAGGCUCGUCAGCCACCUCAUCACCAAGAUCUAGUGCCUUCAUCUAAAAUCUGCUGACAAAGUUCACAUUGUUUCAAACCUCACAAUUAAGUAACUAGAGAGCAAUCAUAGCUUUGGGCAAAAGGUAAAAAGUAUGUGCAGAUGGUGAGCUGCUCAAGUGGGUGUGGAUAAAGUAUUACUUAUUUGGGUAUUGUAUUGGCUAACAUGGUUAACUGGGGGAGUGAGUGAGAGGUUUUUGAGGAAGAGAGCAGAGCAAAGACAAAAAUGUUGAGAAUGUCAACAUGCCACUUAGAGCUGCUUGUAAUGUUGCCGGAAUGUUGACAACGUAUAUGUCUAGUUUUUACUUAAAUUUCUCAUAUGAAUACAGGCUAUAUGUCUUAUUUGUCUUCAACGAGAGCAAUGUAUGCAACUAUCACUUACGAAUACAUCAUCUACGGUACUAGCUUAAGAUGUAUUCAGAAGACACUGUGCACUUAUGCGUUGGCCUUGCCAUGUUGGUGCAGGUCUAGAGGGAACAGUCCAUUACUUCUCUAGCAGGGAAUUAGAAGUUAAUCCAAAUAAUAACAGUUGCUUAUCAAAGAGAAUAAUUCUUGUGAUCAAACAGGAUGACUGGGACCAACUAGCACCUACUUCCCUUUAUUUUGUGAUUGCUUGUUAUUAACAAUAUACAGUCAAUACUUUUUUUUAGCUAUAAAUCAAAGUGGGUAGAUUUACAUUCCACUCAGAGUUGUUUAUUUUGGAAGUAGACAAGUGACUUAUUUUAAUGACCUAAUGUGUUUAUUGAUGGAAACAUUUUACAAAAUGGCAAUGGCAUGCCAAUCCUAAUCCUUGUCGGAUCUCCAUUGAAAAAGGAAAUAAGGUUAGGUAGCUGAAUCAAUUUCUGAAAAACCUCUCCAAUAAUAGAGUUCUUAGUUUUAGUGAUCUUGUAGAUCUGUGGAUUUAUAUAUAGAAAACGAAUGAAUCACUAUAAAAACCACAAUAUAAUCUGAAAGAAAUACCUAAAGUCAAAGGCUAAUCUGGUCAAGCAGUAAUGAUGUAUGAAGGUUUUUCUGCGGUGGAUUGCAUUUGGAUCAGUUUUAUUUGUACGCAAAGAGACAACAACACUGUAAUAUCAGGAAGGGUUAUAAUACAUGUGCCUGCGGUUUUCAAUCUUCUCCACGCUGAUCUGGAACCUCCUGCCAGGUUCCCUUGACCGUCUCAUUCAUUAGAGCUGGGAAGGCCAGAGAAAUCCUAGAUCAGCAGACCAUUUGUAUCAGGCUUAACAUCAACAUGCUAAUGGAAGUCUUAAAGAUCGGGAGCUGCUCCAAACACAAUAAGCAGGGAAACUUAUUAUUUGCAUUUAAUCAAUUUUAAGAUGUACUACCAUACUUUCCUGUAUGAGUACAACUCCAAAUGUUGUAUUUUGUUUCCUUGUUAGUCUUCUGUUGUCUGGUUUGUGAAGUCUUCCACAGUUUGUCUUUAUUAGACUGAAUAACCACUAUAUAUUGCAUGCUCAGUCGAAUCAUAUUUACUGUAUCCAGGUCUAUGGUUAGAAUUUAACUCACUUACAAGAUAAACCUACUAUGUCUCUGUUGACUUAAAACAAUUUAUUUUCAUGCAAAUGCUACUGCUGUCAAAUAAAAAUUUACAGAAGGCA